AUGACAUUACUUGUAUGGGUCUGCGAGACCAGAAAGAAUCAGACGCAAGACAUUAGUAUUACCAUUCACGAUCUACUUAACAGCAUCAAUGAUAAGCAAAUAAAAAAUGAAAUAAUACAUAGAGAUCACAUCAGUUCAUUUAUGGUGGAAAGACAAACUUAUAGUUUAAAUUUAGGAAAAAGAGACUUUCAUGUCCAUGUUAAUGCUAAAGUGUGUAGUGAAUUAAUAUUAUCUUCGAAAAUUCAACAAUACGUCAAAAGCAAAAUGUGGAAAAAAUGUAGGCUGUUUCACGCCACGGACUUCCAAUCUUUAAUGUAUCCUUGCUUCACUUUUUGCUAUAUUAUCGGAAUAUUUCCAUACAAGAUCAAUGCUUCUACCUUCGAAUUUUCAAAAUCGCAUUACAUCGUCUCGACUGUGGUUGUCUGCGUUUGCUGUGCUUUUAAUCUAGCAUAUCUUUACAAUAUUAUUUCAACAUUCAAUUUUGAAAUCAAAAUCAGGAAUCUUGAAAUUGUUUGUUUCUAUAUUCUUAACAGCUUUGUUAUUAUCAUCACGCACAUUUUAAGCGGUCCGCGAAUGCGCUUGUUACAGACUAUUAUGGAAAUCUCUAAGAGAUUAUCUUCGAAAUCAUAUCAAAAGUUAUCCAAAUUAAUCCAUGUCAAGGAUAUCUUUGGUACUAUAUUCGUAGUCGUGCAAGUGUGCUUAUAUAUUUUUCAAAAGCGGAAGAAUAAAAACCGUACAUCUAUCAUGCACAAGGUGUUCGCCUUAUAUCAAAUUCUUCUGGAGUUCGAGAUAAAUAUGCUGUAUAUAAAUUGUGUAUGUGUUUUGAAGGCCAGUUUCAAGAGAAUUGACGAGAAUGUGGCACACUUACAAAAAAUCGUAGUUAAGCCACGUGUACCCACGUUGAUCUGCCAAACACAGAGAAAUCAAUUUUUACUGAUAGAACUCAAAAUCUUGAAAAAGCAACAUCUGAUGAUUAGCGAUGCAGUGCAAAUGUUGAACGUAAUCUUCAGUUUGCAACUUCUUGCUACUAUACUCUUAACUUUUUGUGUUAUCACUUUCGAAAUUUAUUCUUAUGCAGUACGUUGGCAGAAUGGGAUAUUAAUUAACAUUGAUAUACAGUUCAUUUUCACACUUUUUACGUCAAUAGGACAUUACAUUAUAAAAAUGACAUUAUUGGUAUGGGCUUGCGAAACUAGCAAAAAUCAAGCCCAAGAGAUCAUCACUACUGUUCAUGAUUUACUUAACAGUACCAAUGAUGAGCAGAUAAAAAAUGAGUUGCAGCUAUUUUCUUUACAAAUAUUGCAUUGCAAAAAUAUAUUUUCGACAAAAGGUCUGACUAUGGAUGCUACACUUCUCGCAAUAAUAGUGGGUAAUAUUACUAUAUACCUAAUAAUCUUAAUACAAUUUUUAAACACGUCUCAUUUUUGUGAUGGAAAGACAGCAAUUAAUAUUACAAUCUAA